UUUGUUAUUAAUUCUGUCUAUUUAAAUCUGGGCUAUGCUUGUACUUUCUGUACUAGAAGCUCCUAUCAAGACAAACAGACACGUUGUGUGCAAAACACUUGGUAAUAAAGCUCUUUCUGAUUCUGAUACCAAAAUAAUCUGAUCCACUAAAAACAAUCCUUUGUUUCAGAUCUGAAUAAGCAAUGAUGUAAUAUAUUUGGGCAUCAUUCACACAAGGAAACAGAACAGAACAUAUCCUCUAUGUCUAUAUCCUGCAAGUGUUCACACGAAUAAUUUUAUUUCAGCAUUACAAUAACCUGCAAUACAUGUACGAGUUUCGUUUAUGAUCCCCUAAACGCUGUCUAAAUAGUUAGCUCGAUAAUCUUUGAGAAUUUGUAAUUGUUUUAUAUCGUGAAUUAAUGUUUUUAUGGACGCGCGUUAAACGGAACGCUUCCACGUGAACGCGAUGUUUCAGUCGAGGCCAUUUCGCUGUCGGAUCACUGUUUGUUUUGAUGCCAACAGCGGUAGAAACUCUGCAAGACUCUUGAGCGAAUAUAAUAUUUACAAAUAUGAAUACAAACACAACGUGAUUGAAUGGGGACGGAAGAAGAUGAGCUGUCGGUCUUCCGAGACCGGUGGAAACAGGAGUUAAAUAAAAGCACGAAAGCCGCUAAAGAAAAAGAGGGAUAUUUUGGGGAUCAAAAUAAGGACGGUUCUUCUGUUCACCAAAGCACGAGUUUUUGGGAGAACCAGAGCAGUGUGUCACAGCCCACACCGAAGGAGCAGCCGGAGUAUGUGUCUAUCGCCGAGGGUUUGCUGGACGGCAGGAGCGGUCCAUUGCUGGAUAGGCUCGAGCACGAGAGAACGCGCACAAGGAAGCGCGCUCCCGAGAUCGAGGCACCCAAAACAGACGCUCCCCCCAAAAAAGUGAACGCGAGCCAGAAAUUGCUCGAGCAGUUCCUUCAGGACCUGAAUGAGGUGAAUGACAUCCCAUUCUUUGACGUGGAGUUGCCCUAUGAGCUGGCGCUCAAGAUCUUUAACUUCCUGGGCAGAACAGAUCUUGGACGAUGUGCUCAGGUGAGUAAAUCCUGGAAGGUGCUUGCUGAAGAUGAGCUUCUGUGGUAUAGAUUGUGUCUGGUGGAAGGUUUUCAAAAAGGUGCUAACAUCUCUGACUCCCCCUGCUGGAAGAGCACCGUCAGAGACUGCCGCAACACAGAGAAUGCAGUCAAAUCCAACUGGAAGAAUCGUGUUGGGUCCAUUCGCCACCUGCAGUAUGAACUAGGAAAGGUAUUGUGUGAUGUCAGUUCCUGUGCUGGUCUUGUAAUUGCUGGCUAUACAUCUGGUGAUGUUCGUCUGUGGGACACACUUCACUGGGACAAAUUCUACCUAAAGCCCACACAUUCCAUCAGAAAUGAAACCCCUGCGCCUUACGCUAGUCACGUACGGGUCAAUAAGACCAUAGCCGCAGCUGCUUAUGAGAAUGGGUGUGUGGAUGUGUGGAGCACUGUUACCGGUCUUGAACCCAUUCACCAGUACCAGCACCUCCAGAGGGUUCAUGUACUGGAUCUCAGCCCGGACGGUCCAGCUUUGGCCUCUGCAUCAGGGCCAGAUGUGCGGGUGGACGCCCCUGAUGAGCAGGGCUACUGGAGAUCUCAAAGCCUCGUUCAGUUACCAAAACCUGUUGAUGGGGUGUUGGUGGUGCCAGGGAAGCGGGACAUCCCCUUGGUCACUGCGUGGGCAGGUGAAAGCGUUUACCUGUUAAACUCAAGACCGGAGGAAGAACAGGAACCAAGGGUUCUUCACUCUGUAUAUGGACAUCCAGUGACCUGUGUGGACACGUCACCCAGCAGAGCCGCUAUGGGGAUCAAGAGCUGCGGAUGGGGCAUGAAUGAUGGAGGCAAUAAGAUUCAAGUGUACGGCCUGGAGAGCGGCCAGUGUGAGCUGACCAUGGGGAACUCGGCCGGAGACUUUACCUGCGUCAACCUGAGAGACAGCGGCCCUCACCUGCUGCUGUGCGGAAACAGAGACAGGCGACACCCGGUUCGGCACAUUCGGUUCAGCAGCAGCACACUGGUGACAGCCAACAUCCCUGAUGAGAAGAGUCCCCGCGGGGCCUGCAUCACAGAUGAUGACCUCACCGCUCACCGCAGAUACCGAGGACUGAUCUGUCAUUAUGAUUUCUCCAUGGACUCGUCCAGUCAGGAUCACAUUCUGCCCAUCUGCAGGUCCAACUAUGCCGAGUCCUCCGGCUACAACUAUAACAUCGGCUUGUCCAUGCCUUACGACACACUGAGCGGCCCUUAGACUCCAUGGGGCUCUUGGAUGACUGGUAUUGCUACCUAAGGACAAUCUGGGGUCACAUCGCUUUAAAGUCAUUUUAACAGUAAUGUAUGUGUUUUAUGGCUAGAUUAUAGAUAUAUGCGUGGCUGUGUUAACAGGCCAUUUCAAACACAUGCCUUUGAUUCUACAUUUAGUUAUUUUACUUAUUGUAUCAUUUUCUGUGCCUGUACAUUUUAGUGUACAGUGAUAUUAGAUCUCCAUUUAGGAUGAUAAAGAACACAAAUGAUGCAAAAUGAAGUUUUGUUGGUUUAUUUACUGUCAAUAAUUCAACAGACAAAACUCAGUCAUUGAUUGUUUGGGAUAUUUAUAGUAUUAGGUUUCUAAAAUAAAAGAAAACGCUCCAAUAUCGA